AGCAGAGCCUCAGAUCUCGGGGGAGUGACUCCGGGUUUCCAAGCAGAAGCUCCGGAGCGCAGGUUCGCGAGGUGAGUGAUUCUACUAUCAGCUCCUCCCUACAGGAAACACAUUCCAGAUUUCUUUGGAUGUCAUUGAUUUUCCUGUGAAUCAGCAGAAGACCUAGAGGGGCUUGGAGCUACAUAUUGAAGACAAUGUCUGGAAGCUUCUACUUUGUAAUUGUUGGCCACCAUGUUAAUCCAGUUUUUGAAAUGGAAUUUUUGCCACCUGGGAAAGCAGAAUCCAAAGAUGAUCACCGUCAUCUGAACCAGUUUAUAGCUCAUGCUGCUCUUGACCUUGUGGAUGAAAAUAUGUGGCUUUCUAACAACAUGUACUUAAAAACUGUGGACAAAUUUAAUGAGUGGUUUGUGUCAGCAUUUGUCACUGCAGGGCAUAUGAGAUUUAUUAUGCUUCAUGAUGUGAGGCAAGAAGAUGGAAUAAAGAACUUCUUUACUGAUGUCUAUGAUUUGUAUAUAAAGUUUGCAAUGAAUCCAUUUUAUGAACCCAAUUCUCCUAUUCGAUCAAGUGCAUUUGACAGAAAAGUUCAGUUUCUUGGGAAGAAACACCUUUUAAGCUAAAUGGAGAAAAACUCUGCAAUAAGCUGCAUCAUCGUGGGGUGUGCUCAGGAGUGUGUGUUCUGUAAGUAAUUUGAAAUAGCCUGGAAAAUGUUCCCUUAAAAUUGUACAUUGUUUUCAUAUUGACUGUCAUUAGCAUUGAUAUUUGCUUGUGGACAAUGUUAUUUACAAACAGUUCUGUACCACCAGUAAUUUUGAACACUUUUAUUUAUUUAGAAGCUUGAGAAGACUCUUGCCUUUCCUAAGAUAAUUUGAUAUUAAUUUAUUAAUUCAAAAGCAUAUUAUGUCAUAGUUAAUAUUUGUUAGAAUGAUUUAAGACUAAAAAGUUCUGGAGAUGAAUAAAAUUGAGUUAUUUACACAUUUAGAGAUGUUCUUUUAAAAUGCAUAGUACACUGCAGUAUCAAGAAGCUGAAGCAGAAAGCCCAUGCCAGUGCUACCCGCUUGCCUCCCUCCACUAGAGGCUGUGAAUAAUCACUCAGCUGUAACUCUAAACCCCUAGACCUAUAUAUGCUGGACCAGUUCCAGGCCAUGGCAAAGUAUGUUGCCUCUGUCACCUUAUAUUCUAGUGUUUCCUUUCUCUUAGUAAACUAAAGGUUUACUUUAUUUAAACUUGUUAAUAUCUGUAUUUGAAAAAAUGUUAUAAUACUGAUUGGGUAUUGCUAAUAAAAGCUUGGGUUACACUGACA